AUGGUUAUUUUAACUAAAGCGCAAAAAAAAAUUCCAAAAUCAAGAAAUCGUUGGACAUUCAAGGAAGACGAGUCUUUGCGCGAAUUAUAUAAAAGGCAUGGGCCUAAAUGGUCUUUGAUUGCGAAAUCUCAUAAAACUCGAUCCGCGAAGCAAUGUCGAGAAAGGUGGUUGAACCAUCUUAACGAUUGUGUAACAAAAACGCCAUUUACUAAUGAGGAAAAGGUCAAAAUCUGUUAUAUGCACCAAGAAUUCGGAGCGCAUUGGUCGAAAAUCUCUAAACAUCUACAUGGUCGGUCUCCUUUAAGUAUUAAAAAUCUGUGGAAUAAUAGAGAAAGAACCGAAACACGAAACAUUAAUAAAAUGGCAAUUAAUUUUUUGUUAAAUUGA